AAAGGCACUUGGAAUUUCGUAAGAAUAAUUUCCAACCGUACAAAAUGGUCGUAUGUUUCUUGGCCUACUCAUCAAUCCAAUGCCCUUUUGUCUUCUUCCCUAGUUUCCGUAAGCAACAUCCCCUUUUCUUGAAUCCCAGUUCUUCUGUUCUGCUACUGAAAUGCUCAUCAUUUUCAGUAGAGUGUUCUCUACUUCUCUGUAAUCUUGUACCCCAGAAACACAAUCUUGAAUCUUGAGAACCGUCAGCUUCUUCUUUUUGCUCUGUAAUCUUGAAUCUUGAAAAACUGAUGAAACAGAUUGUUCUUCUUGUUCUCUAUAAUCUUGAGAACAUGAAGUCAAAUCUUGAAUCUUGAUUGAUAAGAGAGGAGUCCGGUUGAAAAGAUGCUCUCCAAAUUUCCAGCUAAAACAUCCAACAUAAGGGCAUGCCCUAAAUAUUCCGCAAUUCCAUGCCACAAACAGAAACUCUAUUUCAAAAUUGUUAGCUGUGAAAAGAAUGCUUCUUCGAAUUCUCCGAAUUCUUCCUCCUCCUCUUCUUCUCCUGCUGAUAAUAAGUUUGGGUUCAAGCUGGUGGGGCAGACUCUAGGGGACAAGAAUUGGAAGUUCAACGAUAUUGAUGCACAUGCAAUGCAAGAAUCAGUAAACCAGUGGCUGUCGAAGACCCAAAGCUUUUUCAAUGAAGUAACUUCUCCAAUAGUAAAAUCUGUUCAUGAUAGAAGGUCUAGGUCUAACCUUCAGAAUGAUAAUGGAGAUAUGGAGGAUAUAUUGAUUACUGAACAGACUAUUGAUUCUAGAACCCCUGGAGGAGACCUUUCUGAAGCUGCAAUUGUUUCCAUUGAGCAGUUUAGCCGGAUGAAUGGAUUAACUGGGCAGAAAAUGCAGAAAAUAUUCAAAGCGCUCAUUCCUGAAUCUGUUUAUAACGAUCCACGCAAUUUGGUUGAGUAUUGCUGCUUCAGGUUUUUGUCAAGGAAUAAUGCUGAAGUUCAUCCUAGCCUCAAGGAACCUGCGUUUCAAAGACUAAUUUUUAUAACUAUGCUUGCAUGGGAGAAUCCUUACAGAAAAAGGAAUGACAACCAGGCUAAAUUGCUGGAGAGGAAUACUUUCCAGGGGAAACUUGUGGGAGAAGAGGCAUUUGUUCGCAUUGCUCCUGCUGUUUCUGGUGUGGCUGAUUGCCCAACUGCACAUAAUCUUUUCAGAGCUCUUGCUGGUGAUGACAAGGGCAUCUCUUUCAGCAUAUGGUCAACAUAUAUCAAUGAACUUCUCAAAGUGCAUGAAGGUCGAAAAUCAUAUCAAUCUCAGGAGUUUCCCCAGGUUUCUAAGGAAAAAGUCCUCUGCCUUGGUUCUAGCCGAAAGCAGCCUGUAAUAAAAUGGGAAAAGAACAUGGCAUGGCCAGGGAAGCUCACGUUGACUGACAGGGCACUUUACUUUGAGGCAGUUGGCUUGGUGGGAGAGAAGGAUACUGUAAGGUUGGAUCUUACGCGUAAUGACUCAAGAGUAGAGAAAACUAAGGUUGGACCUUUAGGAUCAAAUCUUUUUGACUCUGCUAUUGCUGUCAGUUCUGGUCCGGAGUCUGAAUCAUUGGUGCUUGAAUUUGUUGACUUGGGAGGUGAAAUGAGAAGGGAUGUGUGGUAUGCAUUCAUCAAUGAAGUUAUUUCUUUAUACAAAUUUAUACGCGAAUAUGGACCCAAGGAUGGUGAUCAAUCAGUGUUUGAUAUAUAUGGUGCUCAAAGAGGGAAGAAUAGAGCAGUUACUCAUGCUGUAAAUGCUAUAGCUAGACUUCAGGCUCUCCAGUUUAUGAAGAGGACCUUAGAGGAGCCUACUAAAUUGGUUCAGUUUUCCUACUUGCAAAAUGCACCAUAUGGGGAUGUCGUUCUUCAAACUCUUGCUGUUAACUUCUGGGGUGGACCCAUAAUCAAGAAAUUGACGGAUAGUGACGACGAAACUGAUUCAGAUGUCAGAUCCACUGGUGAGAUCCCCGAGAGUAGCAAUCACGUUUUUGACAUAGAUGGAAGUGUCUACUUGCGGAAAUGGAUGAGAUCGCCAUCAUGGGGUUCCAAUGCUUCAUUGGCUUUUUGGCGGAACACGUCAGUGAGGCAGGGAGUUGUUCUUAGCAAAAACCUUGUUGUAGCUGACAUGACAUUGGUGGAAAAGGCAGCAAUGACAUGCAGAGACAAAUACAAGGUAGCUGAGAAAACACAAGCCACCAUUGAUGCCGCUAUGAUUGAAGGAAUUCCCAGCAACAUCGACCUUUUUAAGGAACUUGUACUUCCAUUAACUCUCACUGCCAGAAAUUUCGAAAGACUGAGGCGGUGGGAUGAUCCUCUUGUAACGGCAUCUUUUCUUGCCCUUGUAUAUACACUUAUUUUCAGAAAUUUGCUGUCGUAUACAUUUCCGGUGACUUUGAUGAUCUUGUCGGCCGGCAUGUUAGUACUGAAGGGGCUCAAGGAGCAAGGUCGCCUUGGAAGAUUUUUCGGAAAAGUUACAAUAUAUGAUCAGCCCCCAUCAAAUACAAUCCAGAAAAUUCUUGCUCUGAAGGAGGCCAUGCGUGAAGUAGAGAAGUAUCUCCAGAAUGUUAAUGUUGUGCUGCUUAAGAUACGUUCCAUCCUUCUUGCAGGACACCCUCAGGUAACAACAGAGAUUGCUCUGGUGCUGCUGCUUGGUUCAACUAUUCUUCUUCUUGUUCCGUUCAAGUACAUUCUUGCAUUUGUGAUAUUUGAUCUCUUCACAAGGGAACUUGAGUUCCGAAGGCAAAUGGUAAUAGCAUUCAUGAGCUUUCUGAAAGAGCAGUGGGAAGCCGUGCCUGCAGCUCCCGUUGUUGUGCUGCCAUUUGAGGACAAGGAGUCUGCCACUGAGCAAAAGACGCAAGUUGAGAAAGUAAAACCAGAAAGAACUCAAAGCCGUAGUUAGCCUGUAAUUUUGGUUUGGACACACUUCCUAGGACGAUUUCUUCGUCUUCUUUUCCAUUAGAUUUGCACAUAUGAUGUCUCAGGAUUUCAUGUGUUGCCAAAGCUGCAAAGCAGACAUGGGUUGUGCAGGAUUCUGGAUGCGAAAGUGUUUCUGAGAAAUGGAUUAAUUAGUUCCUCUUGUGUUCUUGAAAGCAA